UGUGGAUUGCGCUUGCGUAGCCAGACGUGGCAGCGGCAUCAUGGCUUCUUGGAACCGAUACGGGAGACGUUGGAGACUGAUCGAAAUGUUCUUAUUCCUGUCUUUGGUUGCAGUGUCAUCUGCCCUGCAGGCAGCAAAGGUGUCUCCGCUCAUAGAGAAAGUCAGUGACCAUAAGGAUUUCAAGAAACUUCUGAGAACCAGAACUAAUGUUCUUGUCUUGUAUACCAAGUCAGCUUCGUCUGGAGAUGCUCAUUUAAAGCUGCUGUCUGAUGUGGCUCAGGCCGUGAAAGGUCAGGGUACCAUCGCCUGGGUGAAUUGUGGGGAUUCAGAAGGUCGCAAACUCUGUAAAAAAGUCAAGGUAGACCCCAGUUCGAAAACCAAUGGAGUUGAGGUCUUGCAUUACAAGGAUGGGACCUUCCACACAGAAUAUAACAGACCAGCUACUUUUAAGUCCAUGGUGGCAUUCCUGAAAGACCCUGCAGGUGCCCCCCUGUGGGAGGAGAACCCUGAGGCUAAAGAUGUUGUUCACAUCGAGUCAGAGAAGGACUUCCGGAAGCUGCUGAAAAGAGAGGAGCGGCCCAUCCUCAUGAUGUUUUAUGCCCCAUGGUGUGGCGUAUGUAAAAGGAUGCAGCCCAUUUUCCAGCAAGCAGCCACUGAGACAAAAGGGAAAUAUGUGUUGGCUGGAAUGAAUGUGCACCCGGCGGAGUUUGACGGGCUCAAACAGGAGUUCAGCAUCAAGGGCUACCCAACCUUCUGCUACUUUGAGAAGGGGAAAUUUUUGCAUCACUAUGAGAAUUAUGGAGCCACCUCUAAAGACAUUGCUGAUUGGUUGAAAAACCCCCAGCCCCCUCAACCUAAAACACCAGAGGUGCCCUGGUCAGAAUCCGGCUCGGCGGUCUUCCAUCUGACCGAUGAGUCUUUUGACACAUUCCUGGAGGAGCAUCCUUCAGUCCUGAUCAUGUUCUAUGCUCCCUGGUGUGGCCACUGUAAGAAUAUGAAGCCAGAGUUUGAUGAAGCUGCUGAGAUCCUCAACAAAGACCCAGAUAGCCCAGGUGUGUUGGCAGCAGUGGAUGCCACCAUUCACAAGUCCAUCGGUGAGCGGUUUAAAAUCUCAGGCUUCCCAACAGUGAAGUACUUUGACAUGGGGGAAGAGAAGUACACACUUCCUCAACUCCGGAGCAAAGACAAAAUCAUCGAGUGGCUGCAGAAUCCCCAGGCCCCACCUCCUCCAGAGAAGUCGUGGGAUGAGAUGCAAUCCAGCGUGAGCCACCUGGGAGCCGAAGAUUUCAGGGAAUUUCUGAAAAAGAAGAAACACGCCUUGGUCAUGUUCUAUGCUCCAUGGUGUCCGCACUGCAAGAAUGCCGUCCCUCAUAUCACCACAGCAGCUGAGCUGUUCAAAGAGGACCGCAAGAUUGCAUAUGCUGCAGUGGACUGCACAAAGGGACAAAACCAUGAGUUGUGUAAACAGGAGGGAGUUGAGGGCUACCCAACAUUCAACUAUUACAACUAUGGGAAAUUCAGCGAGAAAUACAACGGGGAAAGAGGGGAAGCUGGCUUCACUGGUUUCAUGAGAAGUCUCAGGGGCCGAGACCAAGAGAAAGUGGGCAAGCGGAAAGAGGAGCUCUAAUAGUGUGGGUGUGGUUCCUAUAAAUGGGAGGAGUCUAUCAUUGCACUGUGACUUGGGCAGGGACAUCCCAGCACUGAUGCCACAGACUUGAAACCUCAGCUAAAAAGGCUAUUUUUUUAUACAGCUAUGCCCUUAUGUUUGUAAUACCAAUGUACAACCAUCAGACCACUUCAGACUAUUUUGCUUUUUGUUUGUCAUUUUGACAUUUUUUUUCCAAAUACUGUGACCUCAGUUACUGAAAUCAACACCUAAAAUCUAUGCAACACUGGACCUUCACUCUCAAGGGUCCCAUACGUUUGAUGGGUGGUUGGUGUUUAAUGGGGAAAACCAAUUAUCACCAGGAUACAUUGCCGUGACUCCCAUUCCAGUGAGGAGUAAUAAUGUGUACAAUCGAUUCUGCAAAUAUUUUUGUAAAAAGGAAAAAAAUGCUGUAUGACAUAAUUGUUUUGGGAGUAAAAAAAGAUGGAGAAAGUUGUUGUAGCUG